CACUCAAUCAAAUCUCCAAACAUGAACCUCACAUUUUCCCUUUAAAAAAAGACCCCCCAGCCUCCACUAGGGCAGUACCCCCUCCAAGUCCAAUUUUAGCCCUAAAAGCCAUAACAUUGGUUUGUUAUAGUCUAUACUAUAGUACUAUAGCCAUGGCUGCUUCUAACAAGCUCUAUGCCACCAUCCUAAUCCUUUCCAUCCUCUUCUCCAGCUCAACAUUCACCAAUGCCUGUGGCACAUGCCGGAAACUGCCUCCGGCACCGGCCCCCGCCUCCUGCCCUAAAGACACGCUGAAGUUCGGCGUUUGCGCUGACCUCCUCGGACUGGUGAACCUCGUGGUCGGGUCCCCUCCGUCGAGCAAGUGCUGUGCCCUGCUGUCUGGCUUGGCUGAUUUGGAGGCCGCCGUGUGCCUUUGCACUGCCAUUAAGGCCAACGUGCUCGGCAUCAACUUGAAUGUGCCUCUCACACUGAGUGUUCUCAUCAGUGCUUGCCAAAAAACCGUUCCUUCGGGCUUCAAAUGCGAAUGACCGCCACAUUAUUGUCUUAAAUUAGUGGCUACAAAUUAGAGUUUGCAGUACUAGUGCUUCUUCUUGAAGUUUCAUGCUGGUUUGAAUUUGAUGUUGUGUAACUUUUGUUUGUCGUCUAAUUAUUAAUGGCCAGUUUUUAGCACCUUUUUUUUUUU